CUUUCAGCUUCCAUAUUUGAUAUAUUUUCUCCUCUUCUAUUGCUUCUCUUUUCGUUCUCAUUCUUUUCUUUUCUUUUCUUUUCUUGCUUUGUUUCAUUUCUUAUUUUCUCUCGUCUGUUUUUCUUGGAAAAAUAGAAAAGGGAGAGAAAAUGAGCAAUAUAAGCACGGUGGAGGCAGAGUUGCCUCCAGGGUUUAGAUUCCAUCCAAAAGAUGAUGAACUUGUGUGUGAUUACUUGCUGAAGAAGAUCACUUGUAAUUCUGAUUCUCUUCUCAUUAUAGAAGUUGACCUCAACAAGUGUGAACCUUGGGAUAUUCCUGAAAUAGCAUGUGUGGGAGGGAAAGAAUGGUAUUUUUACAGCCAGAGGGACAGAAAGUAUGCAACUGGAUUAAGAACAAAUAGGGCAACAGCAAGCGGGUAUUGGAAGGCAACGGGGAAGGACAGACCCGUCCUACGGAAGAACACCCUAGUGGGCAUGAGGAAGACUUUGGUCUUCUACCAGGGCAGGGCUCCCAAAGGAAGGAAAACUGAUUGGGUUAUGCAUGAGUUUCGUCUUGAGGGUUCUCUUUCUUCCUCUAAUAACACUUCUCCUAAAAAGGAGGAUUGGGUGUUAUGCAGAGUUUUCUACAAAAAUAGAGAAGUUACAAUCCAACCCAGCAUGGGAAGCUGCUACGAUGAGACAGCCUCACCAUCUCUUCCACUAUUAAUGGAUUCUUACAUCACUUUUGACCAAACUCAGCUCAACCUCAACCUAGAUGAGUAUGAGCAAGUGCCCUGCUUCUCCACUUUCCCUCAAUCCCAAAUUUUCCCACACGUAACCCAAAUGGAACCAACCAUAAUGCCCACAAAAACCACAGCCUCAUUUGGACAAACACCUAUGACUAUGACCACUUGCCCUAAUUUAGACACGACCACUUGCCCUAAUUUAGACACUUUCUCUUGCGACAAAAAGGUUAUCAAAGCUGUUUUGAAUCAACUUAACCAGGUGGAAACCAAUCCUAAAGUUCAUGGAUCUCCUAGCUUAGGAGAAGGAAGUUCAGAGAGUUACUUGUCUGAAGAGGGUAUCUCCAAAAUAUGGACUAAUCACUACUGAUUUUUGUGGCUUAGAAGGGAUUUUAACAAGGUUUAUAGCUAUGUCCCAUUUCAAGCAAUUCUCAAAACCCACAUAGAAAAAAAAGACAUAAAGAAAAAUCUCCAACAACUUUGGAAGAAAUUGUAUUGCAUGCAAUGCAAUUUAUAGGUAGUAGGAAAAUAUAAGCAUCUUCCAUUGUCAGUUUGAUGUGAAUAUACUUUUGACUGUAGAUAAUCAAAUAUUGGCUGAAAUUAAUGAAAUUUGUGGAAAUUUUCAAUUAA